AUGUCUUCAAGUGGUGCCUUCAUCAACAGCAUCAAGCGUGAGGAUGUCACGGCUUGGACUCUUGACAUUGAAAUGCAGACACUCCAGGCAGAAAUUCUCGCUCUGAAGAAGAAUCUCACAGAUGCCAACGUCAAGCAGAUCGAGGAGAAGGAAGGAAGCAUCGCCGAGAAGAAGAAUGCCUUGGAGAAGCACUGCCGUCAUCUCGGCAUGACCUAUGGCAAUUACGGCGCUCAGGAAAAUGGUCACAAGCUUGAGGACACCAAUGGCGAGACUGGCGCGAUGACCAACGGCCAUGUCAAGGAUGUUCAUGGUUCGGCCGAUGUCAUGAUGGAUGAUGGCGGCACUGCCAUUCCUACCAACUCCGUCGACGCUGCCCGUAGUGCCGCCCUGGACGAGAUUAACUUCCCUCAGUUGACUGCUGUCAACAUCCCCAACAACUUCGAUGGCAACAGCGAUCCUUUCGUUACUCCUGGUGAUUACGCCACCACUGACAUGUUCCACGCUCCCACCGGAACUUAUGUUGAUCACUUCGGCACCUCUGCCGGUGACUACACUCACGCAUUCAUCAACAAUCCCAUUAUCCACCAGAACCUGGGUCGCACCGACUCCAGCGGUAAGCCUGUCAUCGACGUCGACGAGUACCUUAUGCAGACCGAUGGCGUGAUCCCCGCAAACUACGCCACCUCUGCUGGCCGUGUCGCCGAUCACGGUAUGGGUCUUGGAGGAGACUACGAGAUGGACAUGGACGCCAUGAUCCCUCGUGCUCCUGUUGCUGAGCACGAUGAGUCCGUCAUCUCUGGCAUGGACAAGUAA